AUGGGUUUCUGCAAGAAAAAAUCAAAGAAAAAACUUCAGCCCACUCUACAUCAGCCGAAACUUCCAGCAAUCAAAGAGUCUUCAGGUAAAAAGAAAAGCGAUACAACUUCUUACAAACAUUUACAAGUAUCUGUUACAGCCUUUCUUGAAACACUACCCAAAAAGCUCAACAUGAACUUCUAUAUUCCCGAGUUCGUUGUGCAUGACUUCGAUGAUGAAGAGGAAUCCAAAAUCAUUCGAAUGAUAUUCGCUCAUGCUAACAUCCCAUAUGUCAGUAAAACUGUGGAUCGGGAUGAUUAUAUUCUAGAAGAUUAUCCUUUUUAUUGUCUUCCCAUGCUAGAAAUCAACAAUCGUAAAUUAGGUUGCGUACCAUCCAUAUGCCGUCAAUUGGCAUGGAGAUAUGAAUUGUCUGGAUAUACUGCGGAAGAAGAUUCUCUCGUCGAUAUGGUAGCUGAAAAGUUAUACGAGGCACGAAUGCGACUUAAACCUUGGUUGGAUCAUAUUGAACAUCGAGAAGAACACGAGUGCGAUGAAUCUUGUCAGUUUGAAAAUGUUUGGCCCAUACUUCGUAAUCUGUGUUCUGUCAUCGAAUCAUUACUCAAAUGCAAUUCGUCACCUUGGCUUGUCGGUCCGAGGAUGACAUGGGCAGACUUGAUGGCAGCGUGUCUGUUCAGUCCGAUUAUAUAUCAUAAACAUGAGAUAUUCACUAGUUUCCCUAAUGUAUAUUUACUUACAAAGAAAAUAUCAGAGCUUCAAAUAUUUACCGGGUUUUUAUAUCACGUGAAAGAAAAGAAAAGUUGUGAGCUUGUAAAUUAA